AUGAGGUUGUUAAUGCCUGAACCUCAGAUUCCCGUGGAAAGAACUCUGGCCCUCAUCAAACCAGAUGCUGUUGACAAAGAAGAAGAAAUAGAGAAUCUCAUUCUCCAAGCAGGAUUCAUGAUCCUUCAGAAACGGAAGCUCCAAUUAAGCCCAGAGCAAAGCAGCAACUUUUAUGCAGACAAAUAUGGAAAAGUGUUUUUUCCUAAUUUAAUAGCCUAUAUGAGCUCUGGACCUUCAGUUGCCAUGGUUCUUGCCCGAUAUUGUGCAGUCUCAUACUGGAAGGAGUUGCUUGGACCAUCAGACAGCUUCAGAGCUCAGAGAACUCACCCUCACAGCUUACGAGCAAUCUAUGGGACUGAUGAUCUGAGGAAUGCACUUCAUGGCAGCCCCAACAUUUUCUCUGCAGAAAGAGAAAUUCGAUUCAUGUUUCCAGAAGUGAUCUUGGAGCCAAUUCCAACUGGACAAAGAGCUCGGGAUUACUUGAACCUUUAUGUGAAGCCUACAUUACUAGCUGGGCUCACUGCCCUGUGCAAGGAGAAGCCAGCAGACCCAAUGACCUGGCUGGCUGACUGGCUGAUUGAGCACAAUCCUAAUAAACCUAGGCUACAACAUCCAGUCGUGGAGGGAAAGCAUCAAGGGUGA